UCACCCAAGACGGGUCCAGAAUUUAAGGACGGGGUGCCCAUGCCCCCCGCGGCUGCCCUCCUUCAGCAAUGAAAGGGUUAUCCGGCAGCCGCAGCCAUCACCACGGGAUCACCUGCGACUCGGCCUGUGACUCGCUGUCCCACCACUCGGACCGCAAGCCCUACCUGCUGAGCCCGGUGGAGCACCACCCCGCCGACCACCCUUACUACACACAGCGCAACUCCUUCCAGGCCGAGUGCGGAGGCCCCUUCAGUGACCCCCUGGCCAGCAGCACUUUCCCUCGCAGGCACUACGCCUCGCAGCAGGAGCUCAAGGACGAGUGCGCCCUGGUGCCACGCACACUGGCCACCAAGGCGAACCGCAUCCCUGCCAAUCUGCUGGACCAGUUUGAGAGGCAGCUACCCCUCAACCGGGAUGGCUAUCACACGCUGCAGUACAAGCGCACCGCCGUGGAGCACCGCAGCGACAGCCCUGGGCGCAUCCGGCACCUGGUCCACUCGGUCCAGAAGCUCUUCACCAAGUCGCACUCCCUGGAGGGGCCAUCUAAGGGCAGCGUCAAUGGGGGCAAGGCCAGCCCUGACGAGACACAGACCGUGAGGUAUGGCAAGCGCAGCAAAAGCAAGGAGCGGAGGGUGGAGCCCAAAACUCGGUCCAACGCCACACCCACCUCCACUUCCUCACCUGGCUGGUGGAGUUCUGAUGACAACCUCGAUGGCGAUAUGUGCAUCUACCACGCGCCUUCAGGUGUGAUGACUAUGGGCAGGUGCCCCGACCGCUCGACCUCCCAGUACUUCAUGGAGGCCUACAACACCCUCAGCGAGCAGGCAGUGAAGGCUUCCCGGAGUAACAAUGAUGUCAAGUGCUCCACCUGUGCCAACUUGCCGGUGAACCUGGAUGCCCCACUCCUAAAGAAGAGUGCCUGGUCCUCUACCCUCACCGUGAGUCGGGCCCGGGAGGUUUACCAGAAAGCCUCUGUGAACAUGGACCAGGCCAUGGUGAAGUCUGAGUCGUGUCAACAAGAACGCUCCUGCCAGUACCUGCAGGUUCCUCAAGAUGAGUGGACAGGGUACACCCCUCGAAGGAAAGACGAUGAAAUUCCUUGCCGAAGGAUGCGCAGUGGCAGCUAUAUCAAGGCCAUGGGGGACGAGGACAGCGGGGACUCAGACACAAGUCCCAAGCCUUCUCCCAAAGUGGCUGCCCGGAGAGAGAGCUAUCUCAAAGCUACCCAGCCUUCCCUCACCGAGCUCACCACACUCAAGAUCUCCAAUGAACACUCACCCAAGCUCCAGAUCCGCAGUCACAGUUACCUGAGGGCGGUGAGCGAAGUCUCCAUCAACCGGAGCUUGGACAGCCUGGACCCCGCGGGCCUGCUCACAUCGCCCAAGUUCCGGUCCAGGAACGAGAGCUACAUGCGCGCCAUGAGCACCAUCAGCCAGGUGAGCGAGAUGGAGGUGAACGGGCAGUUCGAGUCGGUGUGUGAGUCGGUGUUCAGCGAGCUGGAGUCGCAGGCGGUGGAGGCGCUGGACCUGCCGGUGCCCGGCUGCUUCCGCAUGCGGAGCCACAGCUACGUGCGCGCCAUCGAGAAGGGCUGCUCGCAGGACGACGAGUGCGUGUCGCUGCGCUCCGCCUCGCCGCCGCGCACCGCCACCACGGUGCGCACCAUCCAGAGCAGCACGGGUGUCAUAAAACUGAGCUCGGCCGUGGAAGUGUCAUCUUGCAUUACAACCUAUAAGAAGACACCACCUCCCGUCCCACCCAGAACCACCACGAAACCUUUCAUUUCUAUCACAGCGCAGAGCAGCACAGAGUCCGCGCAGGACGCCUACAUGGACGGGCAGGGCCAGCGCGGCGACAUUGUCAGCCAGUCCGGACUGAGCAACUCCACCGAGAGCCUGGACAGUAUGAAGGCGCUGACCGCCGCCAUCGAGGCCGCCAAUGCCCAGAUCCACGGCCCCGCCAGUCAGCACACGGGCAACGGCGCCGCCGCGGCCACCGCCGCCGCCACCGCCGCCGAGGACAGGAAGAAGGACUUGAAGAAGAACCGGUGUCUGUCCAUCGGGAUACAGGUGGAUGAUGCUGAAGAACCUGACAAAACGGGAGAGAAUAAAGCCCCCAGUAAGUUCCAGUCCGUGGGAGUCCAAGUAGAAGAGGAGAGAUGCUUCCGCAGGUUCACCCGCUCCAACAGUGUGACGACAGCCGUCCAGGCUGACCUGGACUUCCAUGAUAACCUGGAAAAUUCUCUGGAAUCCAUAGAGGACAAUUCGUGUCCCGGCCCAAUGGCCAGGCAGUUCUCCCGGGACGCAAGCACCUCCACGGUCAGCAUCCAGGGCUCAGGCAACCACUACCACGCCUGUGCGGCUGAUGACGACUUUGACGCGGAUUUUGACCCGUCCAUUCUGCCUCCUCCCGACCCCUGGAUCGACUCGAUCACGGAGGACCCGCUGGAGGCCGUGCAGCGGUCCGUGUGCCACCGGGAUGGCCACUGGUUCUUGAAGCUACUGCAGGCGGAGCGCGACCGCAUGGACGGCUGGUGCCAGCAGAUGGAGCGGGAGGAGCGGGAGAACAACCUGCCGGAGGACAUUCUAGGGAAAAUCCGAACCGCGGUGGGCAGUGCCCAACUUCUCAUGGCCCAGAAAUUCUACCAGUUCAGAGAACUGUGUGAAGAAAACCUGAACCCUAACGCUCAUCCGAGACCCACCUCCCAGGACCUGGCGGGCUUUUGGGACAUGCUGCAGUUGUCCAUAGAAAAUAUUAGCAUGAAAUUUGAUGAACUCCAUCAGUUGAAGGCCAAUAAUUGGAAACAGAUGGAUCCUCUUGACAAGAAGGAGAGGAGGGCCCCUCCUCCAGUGCCCAAGAAGCCGGCGAGGGGCCCCGCGCCGCCGCUGACCCGGGAGCGCUCGCUGGAGAGCUCGCAGCGCCAGGACGCCCGCAAGCGCCUGCUGGCCGCCAAGCGCGCCGCGUCCGUCCGCCAGAGCUCGGCCACCGAGAGCGCCGAGAGCAUCGAGAUCUACAUCCCCGAGGCGCAGACCCGGCUCUGAGCGCCGCCCCUCCCGGACGCCCCGCCGUCCGAGCCGCCCCCACCGCCUCCUCCGCUCCAUCCACCGCUGCACCCCUUUCUGUUCUGGGCCACCGCGUAGAGAGGCCGCCCGUAGGUCCCGCACCCUCGUCCUCUCCGGCACUUAGUGUGUUCCCGCAGCUCAGCAAUACCACGCUAGGGUAUUCCAGAAAUCCGCACCUCGGGGACCUCCGGGCCUUGCUGUCUUCCACAGGAAAGAGGACCGAGGGCUCCGAUCCCCCUUCUUUCCGCCUAAAUGGUUAUUCUUUUAAAUAAAUUUUUAAAAAGCAGACGGAGCACUUAUUUCCAGCCUCAGAAAGAAAUCACAGCAUCUCACCGGAAUGUGGAGGGACAGAGAGCAGAGGGGGCCGGGCGGGGUGCGGGGACCGGGGUGCGCGGGGCCCUGCGCCUCUCAGCUGCACGACCGCCUGUCACCUUCAUCCACACGGCUUCCAAUGUUUCCAUCAGCAGAAGAUUGUAAAUUCGAUCUUUCAGGGAAAUUAAUCUAUUCCGAAAGGCAAUAAAACGCAGACAGGCUAAGCAGAGGAGGCACCGAUGGUUUAAGAUACUCCUUAGAGUUUUGGUUUUUUCGUGGUUUGUUUUUUUUUUUUUUUUUUUGGUCCUACUAUUCAGAGAAGCUGAAAUGUUGUAUCAACUUCCAUAGUGCUCUGUGUAUUCCGUCCUCGUUGGGGCGGUGGUUCCGAGAGGGCAAAGCGUUGGCUUUGUGCAGUGUCCGUGCCCGCGGGCCUGCCUGGGGACCCGUCCGAGCGCCCAUGUGCUUCGAGGGUUUUCCGGGGAGGGCUGUGCGUUCCUGGCCUCCCUCAGCGCUCCGCGUGACCCAUGUGCGGUUCACACCUCGGGUAUGUUCUCUGCUGCAGCCUCCACUUCCUGCGCCUCAGCGCUCUCGCUCCCCAGUGUAGGAAACUGCCCUCGAAGCGGAUAGAGUGAACUUGAGCCAGCGGAGUCACUGCCUCCUCCGAAAGGCUGCCCGUCCUCCGGGUUCCGGGUGGUGGGAGGAGAGGUCUGCCCUGCAGGUCGGCAGGCAGGAGGAGAGCAGGCCUCACUCUCCAUAAAAUCGGGAGAAAUCCAGGUUUGGGGCAGAGAAUGUCGGUUUGCAUUUUGAGUCUCGACUCCAGGCAGUACGAUCGGGGCCUGGAAGACACGUCUUUCAGCGCCCUUACUCCCUGUAGCAGUUUAAACCUUUAGAAUAUGGCGAUUUUAAAGUGUCGCUGGCAUUUUAUGUCAAGCUCAUCUCCUAAAAUUCACCAUCAAAAAAGAAAAACAAAAGAACAACAUAAAAAAACAACAUAACAAAAAAAAAAAUCAAAAACCCAACAUAACAUCGAAUAUGCCUGCACCAGAGAAACUUUCUUUUUUUAAAAAAUACACUCUCCUAGCCCGGUGCUAAUUUCAUUUUAUUUAUGAAAUUAAGAGAGGGAUGGUUUCUGGCAACAAAUAUUUUUCACAGACAUAUUCUGAAACCACUUAGAGAAUCUGCUACCUCUCAGAGCCGCUGACGCUUUGAGCUAUCUUUAUCAACAGGGCACCAAUGUUUACUGCUGUGGUUUACAAGAAAAGGGCUACUCAUUUAUUUCAAAACCAACUGACCAACUCUUAAUUAGGGGACAAAGCACCCUGAAGUGCUUUGCAAAGCUGGAGCAGAAAGUCUUUGAGUAUUUGCUAGUUUGGGGAAAAAAAAAUAAAAAAGAAAUACCCCUUUUCCUUACCUAUGGCAGCAGCGGAAGGGUAGCAGAAUGCUUGGAGUAAGGUGGACAGUGACCUUGGUGGCCGCCUCCAGUCCCCUGCACCCCUGAGAGGGACUCGGAACUCACAGGUGGUCACCCGGAAGCAGCAUCCGUCCCCAAACCCCCGUUCCCGGCAGAGCUCUGGGCCCCGAGGGACAGCCGAGAUUAAGAAAUCGAUUUCUAGUGAGGUUCAAAAGCGUCCAACAAUAUUUUCUUUGGAAACUGAUGUAGCCCAGGAUAUUUUACAGAGAGCUAAGAGCAGUCCUAUUUAUCUUGUCUAAGUGAACGGUAUUUGUAUAUUCAUAAGCUAUUUUUGGUAAGAAUUUUAAACCUUUUAGCCAAAUGCCUAUAGGGUGUCAUGACCUUUACCUUCCUUGACAACAGUUUAAAUUGUACAAACACUUUAUAAGAAGCUAAUUAUGGACGGUAGACCACGGCCCCACCCGACGCUGCUUGUUAACCCCUUGACCCCUACAGCUGACAUCCAUGAGCAUACGCCUUUGUUACGUUGUUCUUUCUGAUGUAAUUUGUAGAAAUGUUUUUUAGUUCAUAAUGGAAAAUGUCAGUACCCUGAAAAAUUACUUAUUUUGUUUAACUUUGGUAUAAAGGUGUCGGGCAUUUUCUUGGGGAGGGGGGAUUACAAAAGAGGUUUGUUGCCCAUAUCAAAAAAGUUCAAAGAAAUUAAGUAUUUAUUAUAUUUUUUGCAGAUGUUUCCAUACAAUUCACAUAGCCUUUUUGUAAAGAGAGAUGAAGAAAUGGAUUAAAGAUUUUUAAUAUUUGAAAUGGUAAAUAGAACUAAUUUAUUUGUAAUAUAUUUAUGUUAUUUAUAGAUGUUUCCUUCACGUUUUACUGUGCAUUACCACUUUAAUUUAAGCCUUAUCCUUGUGAAUUUACCAUUUCUUUUUUAAAACAUGUCUAGAUGCAUAUUUUAAAUAACUGGAAUGUAAAUCACUAGCAUAUCUGAAUCCCCAAAUGUAAUUUUUAAAAAUUAUUUUGGCUUGGAAAAAAAAAAAGAUUCGUUUGAAAGCCUUCAGGUGGAGGGGUGGGGAACAUUUUUAUGGCUUUCUGAAUUGGAAUUUCAUAGGCUAAUUUAUCUAGAUUGUGUGUGGACAAAACCAACUGUAAAUAGAUGAAUGUUUCCCAUAAUGUAAAAAGAAGAAAUUAAUAAAAUAAUUAAUGCCCUGCU